GUAGGGCACGAGGAGGAAGAAGAGGAGGAGGAGGAAGACGAGUACAAGAUAAGUGACUUGUGCACACACUGUGGAUUAGGAUCAGGCGUGAAAGGGGCUCAUAUGCGACUCCUGCCAUGCAUGACCUGUGACAUUACUUUCCAUCCUGGUUGUGCAAGUGAGGUUAUCAGCAGCAAGAAUACAAUCACGUAUCAGUGUUAUAAAUGCUUAAGAAAUGGCAGCAGUCCAUCCAAGUCUCCCAUGAAAAAGGCUAAGGUUAAUGAAGACAAGGAAAAUGAAGAAGGGGAUGAAAAUGGACCUGAAGAAGAGGAGGAAGAGGAAGAUGAAGAAAAUGAAGAUGGAGAACAAGAGGAAGAGGAGGAGGAGGAAAAUGAAAAGGAUGAGCAGGAGGAAGAUGAUGAUGAUGAUGGUGAAGACAGUGAAGAUGAGUAAUUUUCUUGUUCUGAUCAAGAGCUUUUAUAAAAAAUUAAACACUUUGAAAUAACAAAUGGGACUAAGUUGCUAUUGAUAUCCUAUGAAUAUGCAUCUUAACAUUUUACAGUUUGAGCAUCUCUAUUUUAUCUCAGCACCACGAGGGCUAUGUAGUUUGUACUUAGAUGCUACUUCAGAAUUCUCCUGUUCACGAAGAGUAAACUUUAUGAGUCUGGAUAUUUAAGGAUGAAGAUUGAUAAUAAUUUUGUUAGGCGCUUGCUUGAUGGCUGUUAGGUGUAGUAGUGCACAUUUACAGUGAUCAUUUGCAAUAGUUCAAAAUCCUAAAAACUAUUACUUGCAAUCUUCUUGUACUGAUACAGGACUUCGUUCGUGUUAGAAGGUCAAGAGGAAAUGAUAAGUACUGUAUAUGUUUAUAUCAGCUGGCAAAGUUAUUAGGUUAUAAGAGAUUUCAAGAUCUAAUUGUUAUUUAAAUAUACCAGGAUGGGAACAAUUGACCACAUCAGUUUUGUAGGAAUGGGUUUGAUUUCUCUAAGUGGAAUAAUUCAUUGCUAAUGCAUACUUUUUGCUUAGAACAUUUUGUUCAGACCAAUUCUGAUGAUAUAACAUAAAGAGUGAACUAUCCCAAUUUAACAUUCCAUUGAAGGGUGAAACAAAUAAAAAAAAGUCCAUGAAGGCAUCAUUGUUAAUGAAUAGGGUAGCUACACUUGUAAUUAACAAUUGAUGUCAAAAUGCUCAUUCAUCAGUUAAUCCUAGAAACACCCUCCAUAUCUUAAAUGUGGCUCUUAAAUAUUGCUUCCAUUCUAGAGGUAACUGCAGAAUUUUGUGUUACCCCUCCUUCCCAUUUGUGUGAUAAACUUCGGUAGUAUCAAGUGAUGGGUUCAGGAAGGGUAUCAGCUUGAUAAACAGUUGAGCUUGGAUCUGAUAUUUUUCUUGUGAAAAGCUUAUUUAUAGAAUGCAUCUAUUUUGUGAUACUGAUGUAUAUAUGUAUUUCCUAUUUAUUCAAGUAACUCUGUGUCUUGGUGGACUGCCAGCACCACUUUGUCUAGUUUCCAUAAAUAAAUCAGUUAUGUAAUUAUUAUUGGAUACUGUGACCUGGACGCUAAAAUAGAUAUAAGAAAUAAGAACCAGCCCAAACUCGGAACUCUACGUAUGUAUGAUAGCCCAGAAAAUUUUGUUGGCUCCAGAUAAUAAAAUCUUGAUUCGUGAUAUACAGCACUGUAUAUCCAACACUGCAUUAAGUGACUGGACAAGUAGCACCAUGAUCUGCUGCAGGUUAUUAUUAACAUAAUAUAGUUUGCUUCAUCUUAUUUAUGUCUUAUUAUAAUUUUUAUCGUUGAAAGACAAGAUAAAGCAAAGUGAUCAGACAGUAUUUCUGACUUACACUUUUACUGAAUUAUAAAUUAAUGGCAAAGUUGAUUUGAAAUAAGUAGAGUAUAAUCCAGAAAAUCAGUGAGACUAGAUGAAUAGUUUUACUGGUUGUUAGAGAGUAAAGGAGAUCUCUCAGGCGUAAUAGCUGGGCUCCGUCUGUGUCUUCUUUGAUUAAACUAAGGGUUUUGAGGUCGAGGUAGAUGUAUCUGUUGUACGAACAGAUUGACUGGUUAUUUAGAAGAGGGUGUAAACUGUUGUAAUAUGGUAAUACAGCAGAUAAAACAAAUUCAGGGAGACCAGAUUACAGUGUAUGACUUGCAUUGUUACCACAUUUUACCAUGAUAUAUUUGCAUUUAUGCUUAUUUACCUUUAACCACAUAAACACAGACAUUCAUAUAUGCAAGCACCCAUACACACACACAUAAACAGAACAUGCAUGCACUUAAAUAUCCUCUGAUUUUGGAAUAAACGUGAAUAUCAUAGUGUACAAUUUCCAGUGAUAAAAAAUGUGAUUAAGCAGAUGUCAGGUGUGUGAUGCACAUACUUAAAGCAGGGAAUCAUCUGGAUUUUGUUUUAUGUUUAUGCAUGCCUCCCCUGAUAAUACUAUACAGAAUAGGCAUACAGUAUUGAUUUUGAAUUAGUACUGAUGUGAAAUUACAGGGGUCAGAACUUAUACUCAUUUGCCUGCUAUUUCCAUGUUAAGCCUUAUUCAGAAGGGUACAAAUUCUUACCUUGUCUACUGGGUGAAUAAAAAACUGUGUAUGCUAGAUACAAAAUUUUCUGAUAGAAUUAUAGAACUGGGUUGAAGCUAUGUUGCACAAAAGCAAAAAAUGUAUGUGUCCUUUUUAGAAUAAUCUCGGCUGAUGAAAUUUAGGUCAGAAUGGUAAAUUUUCUGACAAUUAUUCUGUUAGUCACUAAAAAAGUCAAUAAAGUUUCGACCCCUGAUAAUACAUUAUUUUUAUUGCUAAUGAUCUUGAUAAGGAAGUGUCAAACUCAUGAAGUACAGUUCAGUAUAUGUUUUUAGCAAUUUUGUCCCUCUGUUGACUUUGGACUAUCACUUGUUCCUUGUGUUUGCAAGAAAUUUUGUCUUGUGUGUAAAUUUAUUAUGUUGGGAAAUAGUACAUUAGUGGUUAUUAUAAUUUAAUUCUUUAAUUUGGAAGAAUUUACUGGAUUUAGUAUUAUGCCAAUUAUCAUUUAGAACUGUGAAGCAACAAAAAGUACUCGCAGGUUGGACACCAACCAAAAGUUUUUUCAUCCAUCUCAAGAAGGCUGUAAUAUUGCCUCUGGCUACAGUGUGUUGUUCCUGGGUGGUCGGCGCUUCAUAUUUUUAAGUGCAAAUGUAAAGUGGUAAUUGUAAAUUGUUUAAUAAUAAAAGUUAUUUUUGUUAUGUUACAAUAGGCCACAUCUUGUACUGUAUUAACUUUAUGUGAAACUCAUAAUAUGCUAUGAACAGCUACCUAUGUCAGUUUGUAAAUGCUAUUAAAUAGUUGCUUUGUAAAAUAUUCCCAAAAGAGAUGAUGUAAUUGACCUGAUUAUUAUUAUUACUUUAUAUAUAUAUAUAUAUAUAUAUAUAUAUAUAUAUAUAUAUAUAUAUAUAUAUAUAUAUAUAUAUAUAUAUAUAUAUAUAUAUAUAUAUAUAUAUAUAUAUAUAUAUAUAUAUAUAUAUUAUACAAGUUUUACCAAAUGCAAUAUCUGUGACUGAUGUAGUCCAAUUUAAAUGAGAGAUUCUACUGAGGACUAAUUUGAUCACUGAAAGAAUGAUGUUCCUGUUUUGCAAGAUUAUGCAUAUUAGCAACUUUGAAGUAAAUGCUUGGAGAUUCUGCAUCAACUUCAUUGAAUUGUUUGUGAACUAGACUUUGAGAAGUGUUUAAUAUUUUAUUAUGAUCCAUGACUGCUUCUAGGAGUGCUUAUGACUUUUCCUACAAUAUGACCCCUGGCUCCCUAUUAUGUAUUUGUGUGGGGCACGGAGGAGCUCCAAUAUGUUCCAUGACUGGACAGGUGUGCUCUAUAAUACAGUAACAUAUGCUAACCAGACCCCAUAUUGUUCUUGGGUUGUGUGGGUCAAACCUCAUUCUACUUAAUGUGAUUAGAAUUAUGUUAUGCACAAGAUAUUUUUAAAUCUGUUACAGUUGUAUAGAAUUUUUUUUUUUUUGGGUACAGGGGUAAUAGGGCAACCUCUAAUGAUACCUUACUUGUGUUGUAACAUCCACGACUUAAAGUGUAUAAUAUUUGGAGAACAGUAUUGUAAUUGUUUUGGUAAAGUAUCAGCUAGGACAUUGAUAUUUUGUUCUAUCCCUUGGAACUUGGGAAAUGGCAUUUAUUAUGAAUGGGAUAAGUGUCAGACCCAGUAGUUAAAUGUUCUCAGUUCUAAUCUUUCUGAACAAUUAAAUAGAGCUAUUUUGUAAGUCAUGAUAAGUAGCAUGGAAUACUCUGAACUUUUACCAGCUUGGAGCUUAAUGUAAUAAGUAUAUUCAGAUUUUGUAAUCAUCAAUAGCUUUUUUUUUUUUUUUUCAGCAACAUGGAACUUUUGGUCCUGUAUGUUUCAUUAAGUACAUUGUAACCUUUAUUCAUUAUGUUAGAAUAUUUGAUGACCUGUUUUAGCUAAUGAUUGUCAAAAGUUUUCUUCAUCACUCAUAACUGCAGAACCCAAAAAGAUUUUCUUCAGCAGCA